AUGUAUAAUGUACCUCUUGAAUUGUUUUCUCGUGAAGGUCUUAGCUACAUUGCUAGUGCUCUAGGAGUUUCUUUAUCUAUGGACUCAAUUACUGCUUCUAAAACUAGACUAGAAUAUGCUAAGGUCUGCAUUGAGAUAGGUGCUAAGAAGGAAAUCCCUAAAACUAUUAAAAUGGUCCUUACUAAAGGACAAACCACUACAAUCUUUGUAGAAGUCCCCUGGUAUCCUAACAGUUGUAGAAAGUGUGAAUCUUUUGGUCAUUCUGAUAAAAGCUGCCAUGUUAAAAUGACAACAACUCCUACUUCUUCAAAAGUUUGGAGAAAAAAAGAUGUCUUGAAUGCUAAUUUAGAAUCCAAAUCCACUGAAGGAAUUGAUGUCCUGCAGGAACCUAUGCCAGACUCUUCUCCCUCAAAGGAAAAGUUUGAGCAACCUCAACUAGACUCUCCUACCUCAAAGGAAAAGUCUGAGCCCAAUAUUUUAGAUCCAGAUUUAGCAACUGAAAGUCAUUCUUCAGUCCAAAUAGAACCUUUUUCCAAGGGUGAACCAUCUGUUUUCCCAAGUAAUUUUACUGGUGAAAAAAUAAAUGUUUUAUCCCAUCCCUAUACUCUAACUGAAGAAUCUGUUAAAGGGGAACUUUCUUCUCUGGCUAUCUCAACUAUUGAUAAGGAAAAAAAGAUUACUUCUAUCCCUAAAAGAGGUAGAGGCAGACCUCUAAAAGUCAAAUCUAAAGUUGCUCUAAAAGAAUCAGCAAAAAGAUUUGAAAUCCUUAGCAUAGUUUAUGAGAAUUCACCUACUAUUGAGGGACAAGUUAGAAAAGUUAGGCCUGUUGCUUCAGGAGUUGCAAAUCUGCUUAAAGAACUUAACUUAAAAAAGAAGGAGCACAUUGUUAAAGCAAAUAGUUCUUUAGAUAGAGAUAAAUGGGUGUACCCAUCUCUCAUUCCCAAUGAUUAUUUUGCUUCUAGAACAUCAGAGGAUUAA